AUGGCCUCGCCUAUGAAGGUUGGCUUCCUUGCCGGUAGCGAUAUAGGGAUUGCCGCCGCAGUGGCUGUGGUGGCUAGUAUUGUGAUCUAUCUGGCGCUUUCAUGGUUCUUCGUACGCACAGAAGAAUUUAAGAAUGAUCAGAACCAGAGCAUCAAGGAAUAUCCGAAUAAUACGCGGUUCAUGAGAUUCACUCAUGGAAAACAACUGUCGGAGGCUGGCGAGGCGCUUGCUGGUUCAGAGCCAUAUCUCAUUCACAACGGAAAAAGGAAAGAGCUCGUCAUUUUCGCCCCAGAGCAUCUCCAGGAAUUCCACCGAAAGGACGCCAACUCGCACUACAAGCCUGAAAACAUGAAUAUGGGUGACUAUGCAGGGCAACUUCUAGGACAAUGUGUGGGACAGCUGGGAGGCACCAAGUGGAAGCUUGCCCGGAGUCAUUUGGAUCCGGAAUUUUCGCAUCGGGCCAGUCGUGCCAUGAUGAAACGAUUCUCCCAGGAGAUUGACUCGUGGGUUAGUCAUCUCUCAGAGAACCCGACCAGAAAGGGCUCCCAGAAAGAUGUGUUUAUGCAGGAUGUAAAGAAGCGGUGCAAGGAUCUGUCCUUGAGGUCCAUCGCAAUCAGCAUCUAUGGCGAGACGUUUAGCGAAGAGAACUACGCGGCUUUAAGUGCCAUGAACGAACUCCACGAGAAGAUCGUUUUCGUCGCGUUUCUCAAUAAGCGAGUGAUGUCGAAAUGGUAUAACAAAUUGCCGACUGCUGAAAAGGGACUGAUGGAUUCGUUCCAGACGCAGUGGAAGGCUUUCAACCUCGCUCAGAUCAAGCUGGCAAGAGAGAAAAAGCUCUCGUGUCCGGCAGAAAAGAUCUACGGAGGUGUCGAAGCCGGCGACAUGAGCCUUCCGGAGUUUCUACAAUCUCUGGACGAAAUGCUUUUCACGAAUAUUGAUAUAACCGGAUCUAUCUUAGCGCUUAUCUUCCAGCACUUGGCGAAGGAUCCAACCAUGCAGAAAAAGCUCAGGGCUGAGAUUUCCACCCACAGAGCCCAGCCCGGCUAUACGGUGGGGGACUAUAUUGGCAAACAGAACACCCGACUGCAUUUCUCGCUGCUGGAGUCGAUUCGCGUUACCCCUGCUAUGUACUUUACCCUACCGGAAUGUAACGCCAGCCCCAAGCGCAUUGGGGGAUUCCACAUUCCUGCCCACACGCCAACGAUCGUGGACGUCAACCGGCUGAAUAAAAACAAAAGUAUCUGGGGAGCAGACGCUGAUGCUUUCCGCCCGGAGCGAUUUUUUGGUCUGGACCCCGCGCGGUAUCGCUUUGGGUUUGUUCGUUGGGGGAUCGGACGUGACAAGUGCCUGGGCAAGAAUAUGGCAGAGGUGAUUCUGAAGCUAGCGAUUCUGGCUGUGACGGACAAGUAUACGCUACAUGUACCCUCUGCACUGUCUGAUCAAGGAGAGAAAUCGGAGGCUGGCUUCACGAUCAACCGGGACGUGGAAGUAGAAUUCAGACCCGCCAUCUAG